GCACAACCGGCGGAGGGCGAGGGCGGGGGCGGGCGCCAAGGCUGGCAUGGCGGCGCCGCGGCCAUGCGCCGAUAGCCCGUGCUGCUCUCAUCCGGGUGUGGCGUCCGGCGUGCAACAGACGCUGGAGGAGAUGGACUUCGACAGGGGAAUCUGGUCAGCAGCCCUGAAUGGAGACCUAGGUCGAGUGAAAUAUUUAAUCCAGAAGGCAACAGACCCUAGCCAGCCUGACUCAGCUGGCUACACUGCUCUGCACUAUGCCAGCCGCAACGGGCACUAUGCUGUAUGCCAGUUCCUGCUGGAAAGUGGGGCUAAGUGUGAUGCCCAAACCCAUGGGGGCGCCACUGCUCUGCACCGGGCAAGCUACUGUGGGCACACUGAAAUUGCACGGCUCCUGCUGUCUCAUGGGUCCAACCCCAGGUUGGUAGAUGAUGAUGGCAUGACCAGUUUGCAUAAGGCUGCUGAGAAGGGUCACGUGGACAUUUGCUCUCUCCUGUUGCAACACAGCCCAGCCCUGAAGGCUGUCCGGGAUCGGAAGGCACGACUGGCAUGUGACCUGCUGCCCUGCGACAGUGACCUACGGGACCUGCUGGCCAGCUGAACUGCCACCCUUCUGCUGUCGUAGGCUGCCAUGCAAGGGUAUGUGGAGAAAGAGUUGAAAGGAAAGCGUCGGGAUGUGGACAUGGCGUUGCUGAUUGUGGAGGCGGGCCCAGAGCCUGGAGGCUGAGAGCCCAAGAGGCCGUGGCCUGGGAG